GAUGGCGGCGCCCUGAGCGGCCUGGCCGAGCCAUGGCGGCCCCGGGAGAGGCGCCGGGAGAGGCGCUCCGGGCCGUGCUGCGGCCCAGCGGGGCCCUCCCGGCCGAGGCCCUCCCGGUGCGCGGCUACGACUUCUCGGGCGGCGCCGACCACGCGGCGCUGCUCCGCUCCUUCCGUACCACCGGCUUCCAGGCCACGAGCUUCGCGCAGGCGGUGGCCGAGAUCGAGCGGAUGAUCGCGGCCAAGCUGGAGCCGCUGAGCGCGGAGCAGCGGGAGCGAGCGGCCAUGGCCGGGCCUCGGCCGCCCUCGGGCUGCACCAUUUUCCUGGGCUUCACCUCCAACCUCGUCAGCUCCGGCGUCAGGGAGAGCAUCCGCUACCUCGUGCAGCACGGCAUGGUGGACGUGCUGGUGACCACGGCCGGGGGGAUUGAGGAGGACCUGAUCAAGUGCCUGGCGCCCACCUACAUCGGGGACUUCAGCCUGCGGGGCCGGGACCUGCGGGAGAACGGCAUUAACAGGAUCGGGAACCUGCUGGUGCCCAACGACAACUACUGCAAGUUCGAGGACUGGCUGAUGCCCAUCCUGGAGCGGAUGGUGGACGAGCAGGACACGCAGGGCGUGCGGUGGACACCGUCCCGGAUGAUCGCCCGGCUGGGCAAGGAGAUCAACAACCCCGAGUCCAUCUGUUACUGGGCCCAGAAGAACAACAUCCCGGUGCUGAGCCCGGCGCUCACCGACGGCUCCCUGGGGGACAUGAUCUUCUUCCACUCCUACAAGCGCCCAGGGCUGGUGCUGGACAUCGUGGAGGACCUGCGCCUCAUCAACACCCAGGCCAUCUUCGCCCACAAGACCGGCAUGAUCAUCCUGGGCGGGGGCCUGGUCAAGCACCACAUCGCCAAUGCCAACCUCAUGCGGAACGGCGCCGACUUCUCCGUCUACGUCAACACGGCGCAGGAGUUCGACGGCUCCGACUCGGGCGCGCGGCCGGAUGAGGCCGUGUCCUGGGGCAAGAUCCGCGUGGACGCCACCCCCGUCAAGGUCUACGCCGACGCCUCGCUCGUGUUCCCGCUGCUCGUGGCCGAGACGUUUGCCCGGAGUGCCGACGCCUUCCCGGUGCCCGCGGGGACCUCCGAGGUCUGAGGGACCCCCCUGGCUCAGCUUUGGGGGUGCUGAGCCCCCCCCACCUCUGCAGGGGCUCCCGGCUCGGCGCUUCCCACGGCGUGGGGGACAGUGAGGCGAGUCCCCCUGGGGGGGGACAGGGGCCCCCCACACCUGCACCCCCCUGUCCGAGUGUCCCCCCUGUCCCCAGCGCCCCUCCCUGCCUGUCCCCCUCCCCCCAGCGCUCGUAUUUAUUUAUUCCAGCUCCCAAUAAAGCACGGCAGGGUCUCCA